AUGGAUUUGAUCUCUGCUUGUGAAAGGGCCAUGGUACCUGUACGACUGGAUGCUGUGAUGGCAGACCUGAUCUCUGUCUCGCCAAAUGCCACUACAGGCCACUCAUCUGGCAUCCCCGUGGCAACAAGAGCCCUCAUACUGCUAGUCUGUCUACUGCUGGCUGCCUGGUGCCACUCAGACAAGAAAACUAUACCAGGUCCUUCUUUCUGUUUGGGUUUGGGGCCACUUAUAUCAUAUCUGAGAUUCAUCUGGACUGGCAUCGGCACAGCAAGUAACUAUUACAACAACAAGUAUGGAGACAUCGUCAGAGUCUGGAUCAAUGGAGAGGAAACACUCGUACUCAGCAGGGCAUCGGCGGUACAUCAUGUUCUCAAGAACGGAAAAUACACUUCCCGUUUUGGGAGCACGCAGGGACUCAGCUGCAUCGGCAUGAACGAAAAAGGCAUCAUAUUUAACAACAAUGUAGCUCUGUGGAAAAAAAUACGCCCCUAUUUCACCAAAGCUCUGACAGGUCCCAACCUGCAGCAGACCGUGGAGGUUUGCACCUCUUCCACACAGACUCACCUUGACAAGCUGGACAAUUUAGCUCAUGUGGACAUCCUCAGCUUGCUGCGCUGCACCGUGGUCGACAUCUCCAACAGACUCUUCCUGGGUGUUCCUGUCAAUGAGAAAGAGCUGCUGUCGAAGAUCCAGAAGUAUUUUGACACAUGGCAGACUGUGCUGAUCAAACCUGACAUCUACUUCAAGUUUGGGUGGAUUCUGCAGAGGCACAAGACAGGAGCCCAAGAGCUACAAGAUGCCAUAGAAAGCCUCGUAGAACAGAAGAGGAGAGACUUGGAGCAGGCAGAUAAACUGGACAAUAUCAACUUCACAGCGGACCUCAUAUUUGCACAAAAUCACGGUGAGCUGUCGGCCGAGAACGUGAGGCAGUGUGUGCUGGAGAUGGUGAUCGCGGCACCAGACACGCUGUCCAUCAGCCUCUUCUUCAUGCUGCUGCUCCUCAAACAGAAUCCCCACGUGGAGCUGCAGCUGCUGCAGGAGAUAGACACUAUUGUUGGGGACAGACAGCUUCAGAAUGGAGACCUUCAGAAGUUGCAGGUCCUGGAGAGCUUCAUCAACGAAGGCCUACGCUUCCACCCAGUGGUGGACUUCACCAUGAGACGAGCCCUUUUCGAUGAUGUAAUAGAAGGCUACAAAGUACAGAAGGGCACAAAUAUCAUCCUGAACACCGGACGCAUGCACCGGACAGAGUUCUUCCAAAAAGCCAAUGAAUUUAGUCUGGACAACUUCCAAAAAAAUGCUCCUCGCCGUUACUUCCAGCCCUUCGGUUCAGGUCCUCGCGCCUGCGUUGGCAGGCACAUCGCCAUGGCGAUGAUGAAAUCCAUCUUGGUGACGCUGCUGUCCCAGUAUUCUGUCUGCCCCCACGAGGGCUUGACCCUGGACUGCCUCCCACAGACCAACAACCUUUCUCAGCAGCCUGUGGAGCACAAGCAUGAGUCUGAACAUCUCAGCAUGACCUUCCUACUCAGACAGAGAGGACGCUGGAAAACACCUCUAGAUACACCUACAGUAUAA